GUUGCAUUCUAGAUCUGAGAAGUAAAGAGUGUUCUAGCCUUUGUUCCUUCACUACUUUUUGUCCUUCACUUCAGGUUUGAUCAUGGCAGCCGAACUGGUAGCUGGUGCUUUGCUUUCUGCUUCACUUCAGGUUUUGUUUGAACGAUUGGGCUCUGAGAUACCCCAGCUGUUCCAGGGGAAGAAGCCGAUUCUAGACCAGCUAUACGAGUUGAAGACCAUGUUGUGGUCAGCUCAUGCACUGCUCAACGAUGCUGAGGAGAAGCAACUUCGAAACCAGGAGGUCAGGAUGUGGCUUAUCGAGCUUCAAGAUGUGAUCUAUCAGGCUGAUGACUUGGUGGACAGGAUUGACUAUGAAGCUCUGCGAUCCAAGCUUGAAGAUGAUCAAUCUAGCAGCAGCAGUGCCAGCAAGGUACUCAUGAAAUUUAUGCCACCCUUUCUGUCCACAUUUGAUAAAACUGUUAAGCUUGAUUCCAUGGAGAUCCUUCGUAAGCUAAAGAUCCUUGUUGAUCAAAAAGAUGCUCUUGGCCUGAGAGAAGGUGCUCAGAACAAACCUUCACCAAGGCCACCAGCUCCUUUGGUAGAACAUGCUGAUGUUUAUGGGAGGGAUACUGAGAAAAAAAUCAUUGUUGAUCAGUUGCUGAAAGAUGAUGUUGAUAGUGGUAGUAACAUUUCUGUUAUCCCGAUUGUUGGGAUGGGUGGUCUUGGCAAAACCACUCUUGCUCAAGUUGUUUAUGACGAUGAUAGAGUACAAAAGUAUUUUGAGCUAAAAGUAUGGAUUACUGUGUCGGAUGAGUUUGAUAUUUUCAAGAUAACAAAAGAGAUCUUUGAGGGGGUCACCACCAACAAAUGUGGUACUGAAAAAUUCGACGAACUUCGAAGGAAAUUGAAGGAAGCAUUGAGGGGGAAGAAAUUUCUCUUUGUUCAUGAUGAUGUUUGGAACGAGUCUUAUUCUUUGUGGGACACACUGAAGAGUUCUUUUGAGUCUGGAGCAAAUGGAAGUAAAAUUCUUGUGACUACCCGAAGCACAAUUGUCGCAACUACUAUGGCCACUGGGCAGAUUCAUCAUCUACAAACUUUGUUGAAUGAAGAUUGUUGGCAGCUAUUUGUCAAACAUGCUUUUGGAAGUAAUUUUGACCAGAAUAGCAACAAAGAUCUGCAAGCACUUGGUAGAAAAAUAGUGGAGAAGUGCAAAGGCCUUCCUUUAGCAAUAAAGUCUCUUGGUGGAUUACUGCGCUGUGAACAAAAUCCUAAAAAAUGGGAAGACAUACUUGGCAGUGACACAUGGGAGGAAUUGUACAAGAAAGAGGGCUCCAUUCUUCCAGCUUUAUGGUUGAGCUAUCGUCACUUACCUACACAUCUCAAGCAAUGUUUUGCUUAUUGUUCCAUAUUUCCCAAAGACUAUGAAUUUGACAGAGAAGUUUUGACUUUGUUAUGGAUGGCUGAAGGGUUUUUCCCAAUGGAUUCAAAAAGUAAAAAGAUGGAGGAAUUUGGAAAGGAAUACCUUGAAGAUCUCUUAUCAAGGUCAUUCUUUCAAUGUUCGAGUAAGUAUGCAUUCAUUCUCCAAAUGCAUGACCUCGUGCAUGAUUUAGCCAUGCUUGUAUCAGAUGAUUUUUGCUUUAGGUUGGAUUUGAGUAGUGAUGUGCAGAGCCUUCCAACAAAGAUUCGUCAUCUGUCAUAUAGGAAAAGCUCUUACGACCUCGACAAACUUAAGGCUAAUUCUUUGCGUACCUUACUAGCAUUACCAUUGCACUCUCUAAGUGGACUAGGUUCUCGAAACAAUAUAUUGCUUACAGAGGGAAGCUGUUUAAGAGUGCUUUCUUUAAGUCAAUCUUCUAUCAAGGAGUUGCCGGAUUCAAUUGGUAGUCUAAUACAUUUAAGGUAUUUGGACUUGUCUAAUACUGAAAUUGAAGAGUUACAUGAGUCAGUUUGUAGUUUGUACCAUUUACAAACUUUAUUGUUGUCGUGGUGUAGAAAGCUUUCUCAAUUACCAAGGAAUAUGGGAAGAAUGAUCAAUUUGCGUUACUUAGAUAUUAGAGGGGUACCUUUGAAAGAGAUGCCGCAAGGAAUCAGUCAGAUGAAAUGCUUGCAAUCCUUAUCAUCUGUAGUAUUGAGUGACAAACAUAAGGAUGACGUGUUCAAAAUUACAGAUUUAGCAGAGCUUGAACAUCUAAGUGGAAGCCUUUGCAUUUUGGGUUUGGAAAAUAUUAAUGAUGCAACGGAGGCUUCAAAAGCUAAUUUAAAGGAUAAGAAGGACCUUACAGAACUAACUUUGAGCUGGAGCUAUGAUGCUGUUGAUGCUGAUAGUUCGCAAAAAGAAUUAGAUGUGCUUGACGCCCUUCGACCACAUACAAGCUUGAAGAGUCUUGAGAUUGAAAGUUAUAGAGGUACAACAUUCUCGAACUGGAUUGCAGAUGAUGCAUUUUCUAAUUUAGUAUUUAUUGGUUUGAGCAAUUGUAAAAGCUGCUGUUAUUUACCACCACUUGGACAACUAGCUUCUCUCAAAGUUCUCAAAAUUGAAGGAUGUGAUAGUGUGUAUUCAAUAGGUGAUGGGAUCGAUAGCAGUGGUCCUCUAUUCACUUGUUUAGAAAUAUUAACUAUUUCGAAUAUGUUGAUGUGGAAAGAAUGGUCAUUUGGUACCGAAGCAAUUCUUCAAGAAGGUCAAGUGUUCCCUCUUCUAAAACAACUUAUGCUGUAUAAUUGUCCCAAGCUUAAUGUUGGCUUACCCGGUUAUCUUCCAUCAUUAGAAACACUCAAUAUCUAUGAUUGUGAAGAAAUGAAGGAUUUGAUUCCGAGAACUCAACAGACUGUCACAGCCAAAGUAAAGGCACUUUCUCUAUGGAACACAAAAGUGCUUUUUGAGAAUCAUAUUAAAUGGGAUCUACAGAAACUCUCAUGUUUGGAAUAUAUAUAUAUCAGAGGAUGGGAAGAUGAUUCGUUUCCCGACGAAGGGCUCCUUCCGAUCACUCUUAAGAGAAUUGUGAUCGAAAAUUCUAGCAAACUUGAGACCCUAAAUGGAAAGGCGUUUCAACAACUAACAUCCCUUGCGUCCUUGGAAAUUAAAAGCUGUAAAAGCCUCCGGUGCUUGCCAGAAGAAGGGCUGCCUACUUCUCUUACUGAUUUAUAUAUCUAUGAAUGUCCUUUGCUAAAUCAACGAUGUGAAAAAGGAGGAGAAGAUUGGCCGAAGAUUCAACACAUCACACAUCUAUAUAUCAGAAAAAGCAGAUGAUCACUGGAUUGAACUAUAUCGUCGAGGGUUGUAAAGUUGAAUGAAUGAACUAUAUCAUCGAGUGGUUGUAAAGUUGAUGAUUUGGAGGAGUAACUUUGUGGCCAGAAAAUUAAACGGCAACAAGGAACCAAUGCAAUAUAUGGCUGCUUAUGAUGGAAUUUCUAGUGCAUGGACAAGAAGCAAAGCUGUGGCAAAAAUGAACACACCAUGUUUUUUUUUAAAGAGUGUUGAACUAAAAUCAGUGCUCCAAUGACACAAUUCCACGAAAUGAUUAGGAGUUAUCAAAAUGGCAAAACUAAUGAGAUGGUCAAGUGUACUUGGAUUCUGGCUCCACCCUGAAAUGGCUAUUCCUCAAUCAAAUCAAUGCAAGCUUUGGUCAAUGUUUACAAUAUGACCUCAUAUCUCUGCCGGUCGAAGGGUCGAGCUGUUUGAUUCAAUUCACUUGAUAAUUAACAUUAAAGCUCGCUCAGACUCUCACUUUGUUUUUCCCAAUAGAAAGACUGCUUCUCAUAUUUACUUAAAUGCCAUGAUGAAAUUUCUGGUUAUAUUUUGUAUCGAACCAGAUAUAUAAUAGUUGAUGAACAAUUUUAAUUGAAUGUAAUGUUGACCAUCUGUUAGAACUCUCCAAAAGUGACGAAUUAUGUAUGCAAA